AUGGCCGUUUUCACAAAAAGCCCCCCUCUCUUUUCCCACAUCAAAGCUCUGCUUCUCUUCUCAGUUCUCUUUGGAAAUAUUCACGCCCUCCUGACGUCCGUUGACUGCCGUUGGCCUGACGGAACUGACUCCAAUGGUCGCAUCCCCUGCAACCCCGAUGCCGAACGCUCUGCCUGCUGUCUCGGCACGGAGGUUUGCCUCGAGAACAAUCUUUGCUUUGGUGGUGUUGGACUGUUUUACAGGAGUGCAUGCGCUGGAGGCUGGGGCGAUAAUGAAACUUGUCCCGAGUUCUGUAACGACCUCCUUCCUGAUACAUGGGCCAAUAUCUGGCCAUGCCCGGGUCUAGGGACUGAAGGCCCAACUCUAUUCUGGUGUGGAAAUGGAAGGGUCUGCGAUUCGAGCGUCCUGGGCGACUCGUCCUUCUUUGCCAUCGAGAACUACAAGUUCCAAGCAAACUCGAUCAUCGGUGGUCCGGCGGCUGCUACUACGGCCAGCGUGAGCGCGAGCGCGAGCGCGACAGCAACCGCAUCCUUGACCACGGUGCCGUCGACAGCUUUUCCAACAACAUGUCCGGAAGGCGAUGAUAGGCAGGCCGUGGUUGUGGGUGCUGGUGUUGGUGUACCACUUGCCCUUCUUGCCCUGGCGUUAGGCAUCUGGGCAGUGGUCGAGAGGAGAAAGAGAAUACAUAACGUUGACUAUGUGGCAUCUGCUGGAGUGCAUGCGGGCAUACUCGGCAAGGGUGCUGAGAAAGCGGAACUGGUAAGAAAUCACAAGCAAGGCACCGUGCUCGCUUAUGAUCCCCUUCCAAAUAAGGCCCCUACCGAAACAAUUCGGAUUCCUACCCCGCGAGGCAUGAACUUCAAUGACGGGAUAUCUCACGACACUCGACAUCUCACACACCCAAAAGCAAAACGAGCACGAUUUCCGGAGUCUAAGGUCCAAGAUGACAAGAUAUACACACUUCCCAGAGCGCAGCUCUCUGAUAGAGAAUUCCACCACACUGAAAACUCCACUUUCAUGGUACAAAGGCCCUAUGUGAACAACAAAAAAGCAACGACUGUCUCACGAAGCGCCACCAAAUUCGGCGUCAACCACGGAAGGCAAUGCCAACCACCAAUUCCUAAACCGCACACCUUGUGCUCUGGGAUGCCUGUUGUCGCCAAGAUCUUCUCAAGAGAGAAAGCGGCACGCUUAGAUGGUCGAUGA